AUGCACCGCGCUUACCGAUUCGACAGGAUUCUCGACUCUAGAGAAACCGACCCCCGAACCGUCGCUUAUCUCGACAAGCUCGCCAUGACUGGUCUCAAGACGCUGGAGGCGCCGCAAGAUGUCAAGACGAAACUCGAGGUACUUCUCAAGCAAGUGAGUCAGAAGCGAGACUUGGAAAACAUGGGACGAUUCAUCAUGGCCAAACUUACUGCCCGCACCUCCGUCGAGCUGCCGAGAGUGCUGCCGUCUCGGCUUUUGCACAGUCCACACGGGGAGAACGCGGAGCAGUCUCCGGAGGGCAGAACCACGCUGAACAGCGACGGAAAAGAAGAGCCGUUCGAGGCCACGGAGGCGCACUCGGACCAAGAAGCGCUCGCUGCCGCCGAAGACCGGAGGCACCGCCUCUUCAGAAAGUUCAUGGGCGGCCACUCGCCAGUCAGUGCAGCUGCGUACACUGCCCAUCGGUACGCGGGUGUGUACGCGUCGAUGGUCAGGAUCCUCUCGGAGAUCAAGUUGCGUGCGCCCGACUUCAGGCCGAAGCGAGUCAUGGAGCUUCAGGCAGGCUUCGCAGCGGGCCUCAUGGCGGCAUACCAGAUCUGGGGUUUCAAUCAAGUCGACGGCGGGGAUUCCGGUUCGGGCCGACGGCCAGUCUGUCGCGCCGCACCUGAAUGCAGAGAGUCUGAGGUGGGGAUGUCCUCUGCUAUCGGUAAAGGAGAAGGUGACGAGGCAGCCGGCGGCUUUGAGUUUCUCUUGGCUGUCGAGAGAUCCGUCCACCUCGCAAAUGUUGGGAAGUACCUAACGGCAGAAUUCACGCCUAAAGUUCAGUGGCAACUGGGGCUGUACGAAGAGGGGACAGCGACCUCUGUUGACGCUACUGAGGCGCCGGAGGCAGGGAAAACGGCAAACUCGGGGCAGCGGCGGCGCAUGGACUUGGUGAUCAUGCCACACUGCUUGCUGAGUACGGUGGACGGUCAAGAGAGUCGCCACAUGCUCGUUCGAAACGUGUGGAACCGACUGAACCACGGGGGCAUCCUGGUGCUAGUUGAGAGAGGAACGCCCACUGGCUUCCGUGCCAUCCAUGCAGUUCGCGAACUGUUUAUCAAAGAACUGGGCGUGGGACGGUUUCAUUUCCUGGCGCCUUGCCCUCAUGAAAGCAUUUGCCCGCUUGCUUUGACUGGGAGAGACUGGUGUCAUUUCGCGCAGCGCGUUCGCCGGCUGCCUCACCACCUCUACUGCAAAGGCAGCCGCGCAAAGAACGUGGAAGAAGACAAAUUCUCGUACCUGGUCAUCCGCAAAAGGGAGGGGCCCAGGCGUAAGUACGCUGCCGAGAGUGAAUGCACGUCUCUUGAGGAACAGAGCUACUUCUGGCCACGUGUGGUCAUGCCCGUCAUCAAAGCCGGCCAGCACUGUCUACUUGAUGUGUGUGCUCGACCUCACACCUUCGAGAGAGUCUCUGUCAGCAAGAGUAUGCCGCACGGGGCGGGAUACAAGUUUGCGAGGAAGGCUGCGUGGGGAGAUCUGUGGAGAUUUCCGCGGCGCGUGGUGCGGCCGGAAGCACGCGGCUACACCAGCGAAGAAAUGCAAGAGCAUCUUUUGCGACUCGCUAGCAAAAAUCGAGCAAACGAAGCGAGAGGUCGUGAAGGAUGCGAACAGGUCGGCUCGAGGGAAGAGCGUGAACGCUUGGAGGACGAAUUCGUCAAAUUUUUCGGUAACUAA